UCCCUGUCUUCGUGGACAAUACAUGAUAUAAAAAGCAGACAAAUGUUCUAUUUCGUCCACAAAGAUUUGAACAAGUUACCCGAGGUGGAUUUAACCAUACCGUAGCAAGCCCAACGAUGGCAAGUCUGAAAGUUUUAGCGUCGCUUUUAUUAGUGAUCGUCGCUGUUAGCAAAACUAUUUCCGCCGACGACGAUGAUAGUAAAAAGAAGAUGAGGAACACGAUCACAGAGGAGGUAUGGUUUGAUGUGGUGGUAGAGGGAAUGAACGACGAAGAAGACUACCACGGACGAUUUGUCAUCGCUCUUUUCGGUGACAUUGCACCGAUGUCAGUGAUGAACUUCCAGAGCAUAGUCCGAGGAUACAAGCGAGGGAAAAAGAAUCUGCACUACAAGAACAGCCCAAUCCACAGAAUCGUACCAGACUUCAUCAUACAGAUGGGUGACGUCACAAACGGGGAUGGAACCGGAGGGGCCAGUAUUUACGGAGACAGGUUUGUUGAUGAGAACUUUGAAAUAUCCCACAAAGCCGCUGGCUACGUUUCCAUGGCAAACCACGGUCAAGACACCAACGGCUCUCAAUUCUUCAUCCUGUUGACCAAGGCUAGAUGGCUCGACGGUAAACACGUGGUUUUCGGCAAAGUCAUCAAGGGAAUGGAUGUUGUUCAACAUCUUGGAAACGUCCCUGCAAGCAGUGUCAAUGCCAUACCCAAGAGGAAGGUUUUCAUUGAAGAUUGUGGGGUGGUUGGCAUCGAAAAGAAGUACGAUUUAACCGACUCCCAAAUGAUAUCUGAUGAAGAUAUCUAAACUUAAAA